AUGCAUUGGUGGCAGGGCGCAUUCGCCUCUUCCUCCAAGUCGAAUUCCGACGACGACAGCGUCAUCUCCGGCGACCGAGCUGGCCGGUACUCUGUAAAGCCCGGUUUCUUCUCCUCCCGGCGGUACCGGAGCCUCAUGCGGUCCAGGAAAUUCCGCCCCUUCGCGAAGAACGACGUCGAAUCGUGGCGUUCGGCCAGCUGCCAUUCUCCUCCGGCAAGGUCGCCGUCGCCUCAGCCGCUGCCGAUGCCGGAGCUGCACGUGCUGCUGCGGCGGGACCCUAAAUUCGCCUCCCCCAGUCCCUACAACGUUCCGCUGCCCUCGCCAAAGGCGAUUCGAAAUCAGAGGGGAGAGGAGAGAGAAAGAGACAGAGAGAGAGAAAGGCACACCGCAGAGGCGUUGAGCUCGACCAAUACCAUUGAUGGAUUCGAUGGGCUUAAGAGAUUAAUCGGCCAAAACACGCAUCCAAAAGCAGAACACUCUGAAAAUCGGUCGUAUAGGAAGUCACGCCAGAAGCAAAACACGAAAGAAAGAUCAACCAACAAUUUCACCAUUAAUAUCCCGAUAAGUGCUCCAGCUAGCCCUUAUUCAAGCCCUGCACCAAGUCCCCUGAACGGCGACAUGUUCACACCUCAUUACAUGACUCCCCCAAACAGUGUCUUCCACGUCUGGUCCGCCCCUGAAAUUCCCCACUCCGAUUCGAAUCACGGGUUCGGUUUCUAUUACCAAAUGCCUUGGGAUAGAACUGCAUCGAGCGUUGACAGUUCUCCCCUUCAGAGCCCAGUAGGUUCUUGCCCAAUUACAAGAAUACCCUCCGAGACCUCAUUGGCACGAAGGGAGAAUAGUCCUCAUGCCACAGUACAUCCUCUGCCUCUUCCUCCAGGGGCAGGAAUGUCUUUACAGUCCACUCCGGUAUCCCCAGUGGCGUCAACGUCUGAUUUUUCACAACCCAAUGUAAUUUCGAGUCUUGCAGUUAAACCUGAAUUGGUGCCGAUUAAAUCUCGGUGGCAAAAAGGAAAGCUCAUCGGUAGGGGCACAUUUGGAAGUGUGUAUGUUGCUUCAAACAGGGAGACUGGAGCCUUGUGUGCGAUGAAGGAAGUCGAUAUUUUACCGGAUGAUUCAAAAUCCGCAGAGAGUAUGAGACAGUUGGAGCAGGAAAUUAAAGUUCUCAGCCGUCUAAAGCAUCCAAAUAUCGUGCAAUAUUACGGAAGUGAGAUUGUUGACGACAAGUUUUAUAUAUAUCUGGAAUACGUGCAUCCUGGUUCGAUCAACAGAUUUAUCCACGAUCACUGUGGAGCUAUUACAGAAUCCGUCGUUCGCAAUUUUACUCGUCAUAUUCUAUGUGGGCUGGCCUAUUUGCACAAAAAGAAUACCAUACACAGGGAUAUCAAAGGUGCUAAUUUACUCGUUGAUGCGUAUGGAGUUGUCAAGCUUGCUGACUUCGGAAUGGCUAAACAUCUGAAUGGGGAAACGGCAAAUCUAUCGUUAAAGGGUAGUCCAUAUUGGCUGGCUCCGGAGUUAUUGCAGUCUGCGAUGCCAAUGGAUGCUAGCCCCGAUCAUGCUUUAGCAGUAGAUAUAUGGAGUUUGGGUUGCACCGUAAUCGAAAUGAUGGAUGGAAAACCUCCUUGGAGCGAAUUCGAAGGGGCAGCAGCAUUGUUUAAGGUUUUAAAGGAGACACCACCAAUACCCGAAACACUGUCGGAAGAUGGCAAGGAUUUCUUACAAUGUUGCUUCCGUAGAAACCCUGCAGAAAGGCCGACAGCUAGCAAGUUGUUACGCCAUCGUUUUGUGAAUUACUCGCAGAAGAGCACCGAUGCCUGCAUGCAGUCACUUAAAGAGAUAAGACUGACAGUGUGAACUCGAUAAAAUUGGCAUUUAUUCGAGUGAUUCUUUUCUCGGUGGUGAUAAAAACCAAACAAAGCUUGGAAUAUCGUCCGAAUAGCAGUGGCGAAGCCAGCACAGGAACUAGGGGGGCCAUGGCCCCCCUCCCUCGAAAACCUACUUUGUACAAGAGGCAGAAAAUAGAGCUGCAACAAUACGAUGCAUUCGAGAAGAAGAAGAGACCGUUUGGCGACGGUGGUUCUUUCUUUUUCGCAUACUAAUUGAGAAAUCGAGUUAACUCGUACAAGUCUAAUUAAAUGCAUCGAUCCGGUGUAGUUAUUUGGGUUUUAGGAAGCUUUAGGUUGUGUACAUGAGAUACUUACCAACCCAAAGUGUACAGCAUGAAAGAUGGCGGUUUCAAGAGCAGCAACCGUCGGAUGAUGAUGAUGAACUUUCGUCUCGAAAAAUCAUUUUCAGACUAGGCGGCGCACCAAUAUUUAAUUUUUAUAUAUAAUCCAAUGGAUAAAUAGCAUAUUUUUUUUUUUAAUUAUACCUUCUUUGUGGAUCUAUGCCAUGUUCCAAAACAUUUCCCCAAAAUGAAUAAGAGAUACUUUUUGUGUUUCA